AGUCGGUCUCCUCCUUUUUGCCGUACUACUGACAAAUACACAUAUUCGAAUACAUAAACAUCAAGAAAAAACACAACCAAAAAAAAAAACUAUGAGACUUGGGGAAGAGAACGCCAUGAUGGCUGCCGUAAAAAAUUAAUUAUUAUUUGAGUAGAAAGUGGAUUUUUCUUUCUUCAGCGUAUUUAUUGGUAAUUGAAGGGAAAAGGAGAAUCAACCCAAUCAAAAUAAUGGAAAUUCUAAUUCGUACAUUUUUUGGAACCAAUCGCUUACACUUGUGCAUUUAAACACACAGUGAAGCACGAAGCCUUUGGAGACGAAUUUUUUUUUGCAAUGUUAUUGUCCAGCACAGAAUAUUGAUUGAUUUGAUUUUGGGAAGGUAAUAAUAAAUUUUCGGAAAAUGUGUUCAAAUAACUUCAAUUGUGAAUACAAUAUCGACUCGCUCUAAGUGAUUAAAUUGACUGCUUGGUGUGUCACAAUUGAUGUAAUGUUUCAUGAAAAAGGUCAAACUGAAUCACAGCUCAAAUGCAUUUACGUGCUGUGUGUGUCUUUUUAUUCGGCGAAUUGAAUGUGUUUUGUUGUUGUUGCAUGAUAUAGUUUACGGUGGAAAAAUACCUAUGAAAAUUUUCGAUACGAGUGAAUCAAAAUCAAUUCGAGUGUUUUUUUGAAUUAGUUUUCUCUUUAAAUUGUGUACUUGGUCAAAUAAUGAAAUUAUUUUGUGAAAUUCCGCAACAUCAGCGUGUUUUUUUAAUUGUUCUUCUUAUUGGAAUAUGCUAUUGAAACAUCGGUCCCGCAUUUAUAGUGAUAGAUUGUAAAUGAAAAAAAGAGAAAAACAUUUUUCAAAUCGAAAAAAAUGAAUUCCGAAAAGUCAUAGUGAAUUGAUUAAUAUUCUAGGAAUUUAUAGUACUUAUCUAUAGUAAAACCAAAUUAGGACAGCGAAACGUAGAAGUGACAAUAGCCAAUCAUGGAUGAGACAAACACUACCGACACGGAAAAUGCAAAGCCAAACGAAACUGAGUCACCAAGUCCGAAAAAUGAAAGCGCAGAUGUUUCCGUGAGACUGUCGCCACCAAUCGAAAAUCAAAUGAAUUUGGUUGAAAAUGAAAACAGUACAGUGCUAGAGUGCAGUGAUUCGAAGAGUGAUGACCACACUUUUGACACCACAUCUAAGUCGAGCGAUGAAUUGAAAACGUCUCAAAGUGCACAUGAGCCAUUGGAUGGAAUGCUGGCAAGUGCACAAGAAGAGCCACCCGACGAUCUUGGUGAAAUGCCACCAAAAUUACAGGAUGACCCAGAACCAAUAGAAAAAAUCGACACGGCCCAAUGUUUGAAUACUGAAAUCGAAAAUACUGCAAAAGAGGCUCAAAAACAACCGCUAAUUGAUGAUUCUGAAGAUCUGUUGAUACCAACUGACUUUGUGCCAGAUAGUGAGGAUGUUAUUGGCGAUGAACCAAAGCGGAAGCACUCGAUUUGUGAGGAGAAUAGCGAAACGAGUAAAAAAUUUAAACACGAUCCUAUAGCCGAUGAAGAUAUAUCGAUGCAAACCGAGAGUAGUGAAGACGAUUUCGAUGGAAUGUGCGCCGAAAGCGAAGAACUUCCAUCGCAAGUUUCCCCUGAACAACCAACCGUUACCGACAAUGCUGAAAUACCAGAAAAGUGUGAAAUUGCAAACGAUGAACUGAACAUUUCUGACAUUUUAACAAAGAGUGUCACUACCGAAAACACAAUUGCUUUAGCUGAUAUAAUUGAAAGCGUGGACAAUUUAAUUAAAAAAGAUGAUGAACAAAGUGAAAUUGAUAAUAGUGUUUUAGUGGAAGAGAAACCAAUUGAAGAGACAUGUUCUAAAAAAGUGGACGAUGAUGCAGAAAAAAGUGUAGUCGAAGGUGACCCAAAUGCCGAAGAACUUGAUUUUAAUAUUUCGGAAAAGUUGAAGGAUAUGGGUGAAAUAAGUUUGGGGCCUGUGUCAAAAACUGAUCGGAAAACUUUGCCCGAUUUCGAAUUGGGCGCCGAAGUUUCGCUCGAGCAAAUUUGUAAAAAGGGCGCUGAUAGUGAUGAUAAACGAAAUAAAGUGUCUAAUUUACGAAAGAAUAUUCGCGAAGUUAUGGAUGAUAAUCAAUUGGAUGCAUCUACACUUGCUGCCCAACGUGAAGAAUUGGAGCGUUUAACUCGAGUACAGGAACAGCAACGCAUGAUCCGCGAAAUGCAACGACAAGUUGCGCUUGACAGACAAAAUAGUAAAACACAGAGUAAAGUUUUGUCUCUACUGACGGGGCACACAUCACUAUUGAAAUCAUCAAAUGCUGGUGCAUCAAGUAAAGCCCAAGCGUCAAGUCCAACGAUUUCGGGCGAUGAUGUGGAAGAUAUAUUGUCUGGUAAAUCAGGGAAUCUAACACCAUCAGUGAGCAUUGCGCCUAUAAAAUCUACACAGAAAAGGUCGGAAUCGAUAGAAAUUACGGAUAUUUCAAGUGGUAUUGAAAUGCACAAUGAAGCGGACACUGAUUCUAGCGAAAAAUUAGAUAAGUCCACCGACGAUUUACUUAUUGUUGAGGACGAUGAAGAGCUCUCUGAAGAAGAUGAAGAAGAUGACGAUGAUGAUGUCAUAGAAUUGAAGCCAAAAAAAGAUAUUGUCACAAUCGAUGAUAGUUCCGAUGAUGACUGUAUUAUGCUAUCCGACGACGAAGAAGAGGAUGAAGGGGAGGAUGAUCCACAGAAUAGUGGUUUACAUGUGAACGAUGCCUAUAAUAUACCAGAUGAACAAGGAAAAGUUGUGAUAAAUAUUGGCCACCCGGAAGGUGAAGAGGAUAUAUUUUUAGCUCCGCAAAUUGCGCGCAUAAUUAAGCCCCACCAAAUUGGAGGUGUUCGCUUCUUGUUCGAUAACAUAAUCGAGUCAGUGGAGAGAUUCAGUACCUCGACUGGUUUCGGAUGUAUUUUAGCACAUUCAAUGGGACUUGGGAAGACGCUGCAGCUUGUGUGUUUCAUUGAUAUUUUCUUGAGACACACCAAUUCAAAGACCAUUUUAUGCAUUAUGCCUAUAAACACGUUACAAAAUUGGUUAGCCGAAUUUAAUAUGUGGUUGCCGGAAGACCCAGAAAAUUCACCAUUAAAAGCUCAGGGUGAAGUUCGGCCACGCAACUUUAAACUUUUCGUUUUGAAUGAUACGCACAAAACAUUGAACGCAAGAUCAAAAAUAGUCUUAGAGUGGGCACGAACGGGUGGUGUGCUCUUGAUAGGCUACGAACUGUACAGACUUUUAAGUUUAAAGAAGGUAACUAAACGAAGGGGUCGUAAGACGAGAGUUGAUCCAGAGGUGGAAGAACGGGAAGCCGAAGAACAUAAAAAGCUUUUGGACGAAAUGCAUGCAGCAUUAGUGAAACCGGGUCCAGAUUUGGUAGUGUGUGACGAAGGGCAUCGAAUUAAAAAUUCUCAUGCCAGCAUAUCGGUUGCACUGAAGCAAAUUCGAUCGAAACGCCGCAUUGUUCUCACUGGCUAUCCCCUUCAGAAUAAUUUGCUUGAAUACUGGUGCAUGGUUGACUUUGUUCGUCCGAAUUAUUUGGGCACUAAAACCGAAUUUUCAAAUAUGUUCGAGCGACCUAUUCAAAAUGGACAGUGUAUUGAUUCAACGCCGCAAGAUAUCAAAUUAAUGCGCUAUAGAGCCCAUGUCCUACAUUCACUUUUGCUUGGUUUUGUUCAACGUCGAUCACAUGUUGUACUGCAGAAUUCAUUACCUCUGAAAGAAGAGUUUGUUAUCCUUGUUCGAAUGACGUCAUUCCAACGCAAACUAUAUGAUGUUUUCAUGAACGAAGUGGUUCGAACCAAAGCCGUUCCAAAUCCACUCAAAGCAUUUGCUGUGUGCUGCAAAAUUUGGAAUCAUCCAGAUGUUUUGUAUAAUUUUCUGAAAAAGCGUGAAGCCGAUCUGGAUUUGGAGGAGGCUGAGGCGGCAGCAAAUGACCCAUCAUUUGAUGUGGCCAAUGAUUCGACUGCCCUCACCAAAAACAACAAGAAAAAAGCGUGCAGCAAAAAGAACAAAAAGAGCGAAAAAUCAAGUUCACCAACCGAAUCGGAAUCGAAGAACGAAUCAAAGCCAGCAGCAUCAAUCCCGCCGACUACAAUAGCUGCUCCGGUAAAGAUUGAGAGCGAAACAUUACUGAAAUCAGAACUGAAUGAAACUGCCAAGACUGAAAAAUCUGAUGGCAUUAAAAAUGAACAACCAAACUUUAAUUCGAUCAGCGAUACAUCAACGCAAAUGAACAAAAAUUUAUAUCCGCAAAUACCACCACAAACACCAAAUUUCACAAACGCCGCACAGCCUAAUGCACCGCAGUAUAAUCAAUCGCCUUACAAUCCAUCACAAGCGUCAAGUGCAGUUUAUCACUCAAAUUAUCCGUACCCAGCGAUGCAGCCGGGAUAUAAUACACCGUAUAAUAAUUACAACAGAUACGAUCCUAGUUACUAUGGCGGCUAUUCGCAAUCAGGUGUCCAUAAUAGUGCGAUGUCUUCGAUGCCAAAUCGAUACUAUUGGAAUCAAACGCAGCCGCAGCCGCCACCACGUUCUGGACCCACGAUGUCUCAGAAUCCAUAUAAUUUUAAUGCAUCGAAUGAUCCAAAAGGCAACCAAAGCGAAUAUGGUCAAUCGCCAUGGCCAACGCACAAUAAUCAACAGUAUUAUCCGCAUCAUGUUGAUUAUCCAUCAGGAGGAUCAUUUUCAGCAUACGGAAGCGAUUACCCUUCAAUGUAUAACAUGCCACAAUCAGGUGCAAAUUCAACGCAACAACCUCUGCCGAACAACUACCCAGCAACGCCAAUGCAAAGUCCAUUCCCCAAUUCAAAUGUAUCAAACAAUCAAUGGAACACGUCUAAUGUAUCGAAUGCAGCCGCAUCUCUACCACCGCAUUCAAUGAACCAAAGCUUACCGUCAUCACAUACACCUAGCAACAACAAUGAGAACAGUUCAAAACAUGUUAAUUUUUACCCAAAUCAACCUAAUGACUCAAUGAACGUCAUUGCAAAUGAUCCAAGUAGCAACGCCAAUAAGCCAUCCACAAUAGACGUGAACGGUAGCAAUGUGGAGAAAAGCAGUAUUCCAUCAUCUAGUAAUACAGUAAAGUCCGAAAGUGUGAAAUCGGAUUCAGCAAGUAGUGAGGUAAAAGACGAAAAAACUGACAUCCAAUCGAGCGAUAAAUGUAAUGAUGAUGAAACCGAUGAUAAGAAAUUAGUCGAUAUCAAAGAAGAGAGCGUGGAAAAAGACUCAAAAGUCAAGGAUGACGGAAUACCUUAUGAUUGGGCAAUAGAGCUUAUGAAGAACUAUACGCCUGAUUUGAUUGAAAAUUCCACGAAAAUGGAAAUAUUCUUCUGUAUUUUGGACAAAACAAUCAGCUUGGGCGAUCGAAUGUUGAUAUUCAGCCAGAGUUUGUUGACUCUAAAUUUGAUUGAGCGCUUUUUGCAAGCAAAUCCGACAAAAGUUGCAGAAACAGAAAUAAAAUGGGCUAAAAACACCAACUACUUUCGUUUGGAUGGAUCUACGGGCGCUCAGGAGCGUGAAAAACUCAUCAAUGAAUUCAACUCAAAUCCAAAUGUACACUUGUUCCUAGUAUCAACACGUGCCGGUUCACUUGGAAUCAAUUUGGUUGGCGCGAAUCGUGUAGUAGUUUUCGAUGCUAGUUGGAACCCUUGCCAUGACACACAAGCCGUCUGCCGCAUAUUCCGAUAUGGCCAGAAGAAACCAUGUUUUGUGUACCGUUUAGUCAUGGAUAAUUGCUUGGAAAAAAAGAUAUAUGAUCGUCAAGUAAAUAAACAAGGCAUGUCAGACCGUGUAAUUGACGAAUGUAACCCGGAUGCUCGCCUAUCGAUGAAAGAAGUAACCAAUCUAUGUUAUGAUGAUGACAAAGAAGCCGAAGUGUGUGACUUCAGUGAAAGCAAGGAUAAAUACACGGAUAUUGUGAUGAAAAGAGUUAUUGAUUUGUUCUCAACACGAAUGACCAAAGAACCAUUCCAACAUGAAUCAUUGCUCAUCGAUCGCAAAGAAAAAAAGUUGUCUAUGGCUGAAAAACGGUUGGCUCAAAGAGGCUAUGAAUUGGAGAAACAAGCCGCAAGCAAGCCAAGCUAUACAAUUUAUAAUGCAAAUCGACAACAAAUUGGUACAUACAGAGCUACAAGGGUCGAUGGUGGUGUCGUUACCAGGCCUGUCGCAUCGGUCCGGCCCAUUCAGGCUGAUGUGAACCGAAAUGCAACAGCUCGACCCACUCGAUGGAUACCAGCUGAGGUAUGGCAACGUCAAGGAAUGACUGCACAAGUGCUAACUUUACCUGGUGAUGUUGUGAUUCCAACGAGUUCAGCCGAUAAACAAAACAUAAUUCUGAAGGAAGGUCAAAAGGUGAUGGUUCUCAAAUCACCCAAAGGAAUCUAUAUGCAGCUUGAAUCAGGCAAAAUUAUUGCGAUUCGUACAGCAUUGAAAGUUGGUCAUAAUAAAGAUAAAGCGACACCAGAGCCAACAUUCAUGGCCAGAGAGAUGCAAAAAAGAAACACAAUAGUAACAUCGAUCAAAACUGCAGUCACUCCCACAGUAAGCACGUCAAAUACUAAUGCAACAGGCACCGGUAUAUUUGUGGCAACCUCAAAAGCUAGUACGGUAACAACGCCAUCACGCCAACGUGGUGCGAAUCAUGUUCAAUUCGGACGCAACAAUUCGGUUUCCACAAAUAAAAACGUUCAAAUGGGAACAGCAAAGCCAUAUAAUUUAAAACCAAACGCACAAAAUAUGCCAACAACAUCAGAUGCAUCUGACAUGAUGCAAGGACAAUACCCAAUGAGCAACUCAAGUAGUUCUUUCGACGCUGAUAUAUCGGAUGAUAGUCAAUUUCUCGAAAAGCUUGGCGAAAAUUUGGCCAAUCAAGCAAAUAGUGAGAACGAUAGCAAACGUAUGAACAAAACUAAGGAAACAAAAUGCCCCGAAACAUCAAUUCAAAACCUUCCAAGCGAACAACAAUCAAUGAUGAAAUCUCAAACGAAUCAACAAGUAUUGCAGACACAUGCAGAUAAGGUUGAUAAUGGUGUUAGUGAUAUGCUACCAACGACGAUUAAUGAUAAAUCCGGAAGCAUGCAACAAUCGCAGCCUCAAAACAACCCUGAACAGAUGAGUCUGCCUUAUCACAAUGUGCAAAAUGUGGAAAAUUACAACAGUGUGAAUAACUCGAAUGGUAGCCAUACGAACUAUUUGCCCAAUCAUCAUUAUAAUUACAACUAUAAUUCACACAACAAUGGAAAUUACAAUGAUGCACCAAAUCUACAACCAGGUCAAGCGUCUCAGCAUUUGAUACAUCAACCGAAUAUGAUGAGUUCACAGCAUACAGAUAAAUUUCAAACUUCCGUUCAACAUCAACAAUCAUACAAACAACAUCAGAUACAACACGAAAAGCAACAACAGCAACAAAAACAGCAACAGCAGCAGCAACAGCAACAACAAAAAAAACAGCAGCAACAACAGCAGCAUCAACAACAGCAACAACA